AUGUCUGGAAUCCAAAACGUCGACGGUCAACACGCCAAAUCAGUGGAGCACGUAAAGUCGUACCCAUUAGUCAAACAAACACAUGACUUCUUUGUGCAGCUGCCUGCAACCAGGAUCUUGGUAGCCAAUACCAAGCCUGUUUAUGACAGCGUCGCGAACUCGAAGCCCGCACGGUGGGUUGCCCCCGUAACGCGAAUGGUGGACUCGGUCGCUGACAAAGGACUGGAGAUGACCGACAAACUCAUGCCCUCUUUGAAAUCCAAAACGUACCACGACUUACGGCAAGACGCUGCCUCGCCUUUUGUGUUCACCAGGAAUGCAGUAGUGAAGGCAACUAAUGCGACCGUAAGCGCGGCUGACACCUAUGUCUAUGAGCCAACGCAUAACAAAGUGAUGAAAUUCAGGCAGUUCUACAACGCCAAGUUGUAUGACACGCACGGUAAACCUCUGGUGAGGAGUUCGAUGGACCCUCUAGUAGCACCUUGCAACCAAAGGCUAGAAAAUAUGACAAAGUCAUAUUUCCCCGUGGGUAGAGAAGUUUCUACCAAUGGGUUCAGCAGCGAGAUUUCUCGCACCCUGGCUCUCAGUAACAACUUGCUACAACGUAUGUCUCCUAUCGCGCAGCGGAAGCUUGUGAACUUUGUGAUGGCUCCAUGCACUUACACCCAACACGUGAACGAGGUGUUUAACAAGAAACUAGAUGAACAGGAAGACCUGGGCAUUGCCAAUUCCUGGAAUGCCUCAAAAGGUGCGAUCUCUACGCUGAAUAAGGAGACUUUGGAUUACGUGAAGAGGACGAGGACCAGGACUGUCCGCGCCGUCGACCAGUCCGAAAUUCCAGUGUCCACGGCGGCUUGA